AUGGCUACUACCAAAAAGUUCAAAACUACUGAACUCUACGUUUAUGAUCUUACACACCGAUUUCAACUCACUCCAUUCACGGCAUCAGUCUCCGUGACACAGGAACUCACUGAAGAAAAUCUCAAAAAUCUCGAAAAACAUAACGAACAACUUACAGAUAAUGGAGUCGCCACUUGCAAUUACUGUGGCCCCAUCCCUAGAGAUACACAAGACCCAGAUUACUUGAGAAAUCAUUACCGACGAGAUUACCACCGUUACAACAUUAAGCGCAGUUUCCAGCAUCUUUCCCCACUGACUGAAGACGAGUUUGAGCGACUGGUGGGUGAACUGGAUGAAAGUAUUUCAGGAUCAGACUCAGAUGAUUCUGCAUCAGAUUCAGAGGACAAGACCAACAAAAUUGAAGCCCUCAUGCGCAAAACUAACCUCGAAUCUAUUUCAGAAUAUAAUAUCCAGCAACAAGAAGAACAUCUCAUGUCCUCUAACUCAUCAAACAAUACACCAUACUUCUUAUACACUGCCCCACAGUUACCUGAAGACAAGACCUUGGCCGUAUACAAGGCUGUUCUAGAUACCAAGUUCACAGCCCCCAAGGGAGAUGCUGUGGCUCCCCUGGCAGAGCGCAUGAGCGAGAGUCUAGAAGCAUUAAAUGCGGCAGGGACUUCUGCGAUUUUCAUGAUUGGAGGUGGCCAUUUUUCUGGAGCCAUUAUCUCACACCAGCGUUUACGUCAAACUCCAACAUCUACCAACCCAUAUGCCGAUGUUCAGGUUCUUGCCCACAAGUCGUUCCACCGCUACACAACGCGCCGCAAACAAGGAGGGUCACAAAGCGCAAGCGAUAAUGCGCGUGGGAAAGCUAACUCGGCAGGUUCAUCUCUCCGUCGAUAUAACGAGGCUGCUUUGGAAAAGGAGGUCCGAGAAUUGCUUGUUGAAUGGGCAGCUCCAUACCUUUCAAAAACUUCAGCAAUCUACGUCCGCGCCAAUGGCCGUGCCAACCGUGCAGUGCUCAUGAGUUUUGCCGGUUCACCCAUCAGCGCAUCGGACCCUAGAGUAAAAACUUUGCCUUUUACAACACGCAGAGCUACAGCUACUGAGAUUAAGCGAGCUUGGUGGGAACUGAGUCAUGCAAAAAUCAUCAAUAAGCCUAAAGAAGAAACUCGCAAACAAACCAAUACUACAGCUACAUCUACAUCUACAAGUUCUAGCAAGCCUACCGAACAAAAAGAAUCUCCCAAUGACGUGCACACACGCGAACUAACUGCACUUAUUCGACGAUCCAAAAUCCCCAGUCUGCUAGCAUAUCUUAAGAAAAACAAAUUAGAUGCUGCCACAUUCAGACUAACACCUGCAGACACACCUGAAUACGCGGCGGCCCCAACUCUACUACACUAUGCGGCGGCACGCGGUGCACACUCGAUGAUUGUACCGCUGCUCAAAACUCUUAAAGCAGACCCCACGGUGCCCAACACUGCGGGACGCACUGCUGCGCAGGUUGCUUCUGAUAAAGCGACAUUUGGGGCAUUUUGUGUUGCACGUGCAGCCAUGGGUGAGCAUCCUGCAGUAUCAUGGGAUUGGGAUACAGAUGCACACGUUGGCGCAGCAGUGACAAAGGAGGAACAGCGGGCACAGGAUGCUCGAGAUGCUGAGGAGCGCGAUAAGGUAAAGGCAGCAGAAGCUGCAGCUAACCGAGGGAUCUUGGAAGAAGCUCAGAGAGCAGAAGUGGAACGAAUCAAGAAGGAAAAACGGGCUGCGGAGGCUCGCACAGCUGCACACUCACAUACCCUUGGCGGCGGCGGCGGAGGAGGAGGAAAUGCUGGGGCUGGGCUGACGGGGUUGUCGGCAUUGACUGCAACACUUCUUGAGCUUGAUCCUGAAAACCGUCGGCGGUUUGAACGGGAGCAACGAGCACAGGCCAUUGAAGCACGAUUAAAGAAACAGAAUAUAUAG